AGCUGUUGAACUGUCAAAUCUGUCAAAUUCACAAAAAAAAAACUGUUGCCAAAUUUUUCAAGGCGAAGCCGCGUGUUGUAUUUUGAUAUUUGUAUAAAUUAUUGGCACGUGAUUAAUUAAAAAUUACUACAUAUUUUGCAUCUACCGAAGAUAAUGGUUGUAUUCACAUGCGCUCACUGCGGGGAAUCUGUGCAGAAGCCGAAAGUUGAAAAACAUUAUUUGACCAAAUGCAGGAACAAGAAUCCCAAUGUGUCGUGUAUGGACUGUUUUAAAGACUUCUUAGGCAAAGAUUAUGAAGCUCAUACUAAAUGUGUAACCGAGGAAGAACGUUACUCGGCCAAGGGCUUUGCUGCUAAGGAAAAGAAAGGUGAAAAGAAACAGAAUGUCUGGGUAGACAUGAUACAAUCUGUGCUUGACGAGCAGAAAGACGCAUCUAGUAAUGUCUUAAGAAUCCUUGAGACAAUAAGCAAACACAACAACACACCAAGAAAGAAACCUAAAUUCAUUAACUUUGUUAAAAAUGUAUGUGGAAAUAAGACUAAUAUCAAAGAUAUUGACCAAGCGUGGGAGAUAGUUUCCGUUAAACUGUCUGCUUUAUCGAAUUUAAAUGCUCAGAAUGCCAAUAACAAAAAAGAAGAAAAAAAUGAGCCAACUGAAGAUUCUGUUACAGAAGAGAAGCAAAAUGGCGAUGUGAAUGAUACUUUAGAAAAUGGUAAAGAAGUGAAUGGUGUCGAUAAAGAAGAAGAUACUGAAAAUGAGAAAGUACAAAAUGGAAUUGAAAAAUCAGAUCAAAAGCUUUCAAAGAAACAAAGAAAAGAAGAGAAGAAACGUAGAAAAUAUGAAGCAGAACUACAAAGUGUUGAAGCGGCACCGGAACAGACUGAAGAAGAACCCGAAGUGCCUAAAAAAGGCAAGAAAAACAAGAACAAGGAGAAUUCCCAUGCACAAGAACAAGUCAACGGACAAGAAACUGACAAGAACAAGAAACGUAAACGACAAGACACGGUCAACCAACCAGAUAUAGAGGAAAACGGUGUCGCUGACAUGGAAAAUUUGGCAAUUAAAGAAAAAACUAUCAAGAAAAAGUUAAGGAAGGAUAGCAAACAUGAAGCCGAUGAAAGUGUUUGCCUUCACGACCAAAACGUUGCAAACGGUGAAACCGAAGCCACUGAAACUAACGGGAAAAAUGGGAAAUUCAAUUGGCACGAAGUAAUAAUAUCUCUUUUGAAGAAAAAAGAUAACGAAUUACCAUUCAAACGUUUACAGAAAAAGGUUCUGGGCGAAUAUUCUGAGUAUACUGGGUGUGAGGUAGAUGACCGCAUAGCUGAUAAAUUUAUUAAGAAAUUGAAAAGCGCCCCCAAUGUAAGGGUUGAUAAGAACAGAGUUCUGUUACUUGAUGAAUAGAUAUUCCAUGUAAUUUAAUAUUUUUUGUUUAUUAAAAAUUAUCGUAUAUCAAGUAGAAUGCGCGGAAUGCAAAAUUUAUAUGUAGCGUGCUAAUAGUACAAUACGAUAAAAUACUUUAAGAAUAAUUCUAAGUUUUCUGUAUGGACUGAUUGUAAGGCAAUUACA